AAAAAAAAAAAGGAUUUGCGGUAGUAUCUGCCUUCAUUUCUCUGAUAGAGUAAUGAUAUUCCACAAUAUCCAAUGAGUGUCCUCGCUUCUCAGUUCAUACUUCUUCCUGUGGUUAUGCAUACAAAAUCUGAGAAUACCUGAGAAUCUCAUAUUCUCCAUCGUCCAUUGAAUCUACUGCUACUAUCUGGUUUACUUUGAUUGUUCGAUUUAUUUCACGGCAAGCAAUCGUAGGCACUAGUUCUCAGUCACAUGAUCUAAGUGUUGCCCCCCUUAUUGCUGACAUAUCUGCAACAUAUUGCGACUUCUACAAAAAAAAAAAAAAAAAACCGAUUUUCAAUCCGAAGUGCUCUGAAAUCGACAACCCAAAUGCCCAUUUGAUCAGAUCCUGUUUAUUUUCAUAUGGGUCACUUGAAUCUACCAGCUUCCAAGCGUAAUACACGCCAAUGGCGGCUCUUGGACCUCGUGUCGGCGUUCUUCUUCGGCCUCGUGUUCCUCUUCUUCCUCCUCGUCUUUACGCCUCUUGGUGAUUCGCUUGCGGCUUCCGGCCGUCAGACCCUUCUUCGAUCCACCGCAGAUCCACAGCAGCGUCAUCGCCUCGUAGCCGUUAUCGAGGCCGGGCAGCAGCAAACCAUCGAGGCUUGUCCUGCCGACGCCGUGGACCAUAUGCCAUGCGAGGAUCCGAGGUUGAACAGUCAGCUAAGUAGAGAAAUGAAUUACUACAGAGAGAGGCAUUGUCCGAGGCCGGAGGACACCCCUCUUUGCCUGAUUCCUCCGCCUGAUGGUUACAAAAUACCGGUGCAGUGGCCGGAGAGCUUGCAUAAGAUAUGGCAUAGUAACAUGCCGCACAACAAGAUUGCUGACAGGAAAGGUCACCAAGGAUGGAUGAAACGAGAAGGUCCGCACUUUAUAUUCCCUGGUGGUGGCACAAUGUUUCCAGAUGGGGCAGUGCAGUACAUUGAAAAACUUGGUCAAUACAUUCCAAUAAAUGGUGGAGUUCUGAGGACUGCUCUUGAUAUGGGGUGUGGGGUUGCCAGUUUUGGAGGAUUUCUACUGUCUCAAGAUAUUUUAACUAUGUCCUUUGCUCCAAGAGAUUCACAUAAAGCACAAAUACAAUUUGCUCUGGAAAGAGGAAUACCAGCUCUUGUUGCUAUGCUUGGCACUCGCAGGCUCCCAUUUCCAGCAUUUGCUUUUGACUUAGUGCAUUGUUCGCGGUGUUUGAUUCCUUUUACAGCCUACAAUGCAACUUAUUUUAUUGAAGUGGAUAGAUUACUUCGCCCUGGUGGGUAUUUAGUCAUCUCUGGUCCCCCUGUACAGUGGCCAAGACAAGAUAAAGAAUGGUCCGAUCUCCAGGGUGUGGCAAGAGCUUUGUGUUAUGAACUGAUUGCUGUGGAUGGCAACACUGUGAUCUGGAAAAAGCCUGCUGGAGAUUCGUGUCUCCCUAACCAAAAUGAAUUUGGUCUGGAGUUAUGUGAUGAUUCAGAUGACCCAAGUUAUGCGUGGUACUUCAAGUUGAAGAAAUGCGUCAGUAGGAUGGCUUCUGUCAAAGGAGAAUACGCUGUUGGAAUGAUUCCCAAAUGGCCAGAGAGGCUAACUGCAACACCUCCAAGAGCCUCAGUCUUGAAAAAUGCUGUUGAUGUAUUUGAGGCUGAUACUAGGCGUUGGGUUAGGAGGGUCGCUUACUAUAAGAAUUCUCUGAACAUAAAGUUGGGGACUCCAGCUGUACGAAAUGUUAUGGACAUGAAUGCAUUGUUUGGGGGUUUUGCUGCAGCACUAAAAUCUGAUCCUGUGUGGGUGAUGAAUGUGGUUCCAGUACGCAAGCUGUCCACUCUUGAUGUGAUAUUUGACAGAGGUCUUGUUGGAGUCUAUCACGAUUGGUGUGAACCUUUCUCAACAUAUCCGCGCACUUAUGAUCUGAUCCAUGUGACCGGUAUUGAAUCACUAACAAAAGAUCCAGCUUCUGGCAAAAACAGAUGUAAUCUUGUGGAUCUGAUGGUGGAGAUAGAUCGAAUGCUGCGACCGGAAGGAACAGUUGUGGUGAGGGACACCCCCGAAGUAAUCGGCAAAGUAGAACGCAUCACUCGAGCAGUGAGAUGGAGGCCUACGGUACAUGAUAAAGAACCCGAAUCACAAAGUGGAGAUAAAAUCCUAGUUGCAACCAAGAAUUUUUGGUGACUGUAAGGUUGUAACUCCACAUCUCACUGACGCAGCUUUUGUAAUUUAGGUAACAUUUUCUUCCCUCUGUUUUAGGGUGUGGGGAUGUAAAAAAUAUCAUCCCCACAUGAAAGUAUAAAGGGAUAAUAGUAUGGUAAGAACUUGAGGAAAGUGAAAAUGGUAAGACUGCAUGCUGGUGAAAUCAAUUAGGACUCUCUAUAUUUACAAAGGGAAGUGUAUAUAUUGCAUUCAGAUAUAGUUGGAAAAAGAUGCUAUGUGGGUUUCAAGCAUAGGUUUAUUUAGUGCCCAUUUUCUGAAUGCAUGAAUAUAUAUAAAUAUAGAGAUUAGAGAAUGAGUUUGAUUUUACAUUAUAUGUAAGGCACAAGAGCAGUGCUAGUUAUAUUUUCUUUGUUAUAAAGCAAUUGUAAUUCUAUGCUUCUCUGUAGAUACUAUUUAGUCUAUUAAUGUUUAGUAGUUUUUUUUUUAA